GGCGGGCUGCGGCCAAUGGCGCUGCCGGGGCGGGGCCGGGCCGGGCGCUGCCAGGCCGGGAUGGCGCGGACCAAGGUGGAUCAGCGUGGACGCGCCUUCCGCAAGGUGUUGGUCGCCCGCGCUCCCCGCAAGGCGCUGGGCUCCGGCAGCGGCAGCGGCGGCGUCAGCGCGGGGCCGGCGCUGCCCGGCCGGAGAGGUGACAGGCGCCCCGUGGGGCUGAACCGGGUCUGUGUGAGGCCGGUGCCCGCCUGGCAGAGGGGCAUCAGCGACUUCCUGCAGCUCCCAUCCAAGGAGAGCCGGGCAUCCGACGGAGACACGCCCGGGACCAGUGGCCUGGAAGCUCGGCCCCUGCCACUGGAUCCUGCCGAAGAGGGAGAGUGCUUGGAGGAAGAAUAGAUGUGACCUGACCUCAAUUUCAUGUUAAAAUGCUCCUACUCGAGCUGGUUUUGUACAUUUGCAUAGCUCUUUACAGUUUUUUAUGGCUUCCUUUCAGCUUUUGCACAAGACUAAAAGUCCGAGAGAUGGCACAAACACUGGAGAAAUUAAUUAAUUUUUACUGUUUGGCACUUAAUGUUCAUUGUAAAGCACUGGUUUAAUUUUUAUCUUGGUUUGCUUGAGUUCCUCCUGCAUGUUGGGCAGCUUUUGUCUUUCAUCUUCUGCCUGCCUUGUGUUUGUGCAAGACUUGCAUGGUCGUGGUUGUUCCGUUACUGCAAAGCAGAUCCUCGUUUUUAAUAAACUGAAACCAUCUGAGCACA